AAUCUGCAAUAAAUUUAGUAGCUUCAAUCUUGUGCUUGCUUCUUUUUCUUUUUUCUUUUUGCUUUUUCCUCUUUUUGUCACCACCCAUUACCUUCACAUUUAUCAUACAAGUACAUGAUUUUAACUCUAAUUCUAUAUGUACCUAGCGAGGUAUCAACUACUCAUGUAGUCAUAAAAGUCCAAACACUGCAGCUUCGUGUCAAGUUGUCAACUUCACAAAUGGGUUAAUACUUGUUGGAUUGGAUUUUUUUAUAUUAUUAUUGUUAUUUUAUUGUUUUAGUAUUUAUUUCAUUUUUUUUUCAAAAAGUGAAUCUUUUAGCUAAGUUGUCUGGAAUUCGUCAAGUUCAAGAAGAGUCCAUGUUCUUUACCCUUCUGGGUAGUCACGCAUCAGAAUUCCCAAAGGCCAAGAACAACUGGGUUCUUGUCAACUACCAAGCACCUUUACUUGAGAAAGUGGUCAUUGCUUUCUUGGAGAUGCAAAGAUGGGGAAAAAUGGAAAAAUCUCAGAAUAUAGAGAAAGGCUGGACAAGACGCUGGCGUCCCCUGAACUUACAAAUGAUGACGCACUUAAAAUCCUUAUCAAGAAUCAACUCCUUCGGUCAUCACUUAAUGAAGAUGAAGGAUGUAGUGAAAAUGUAAUUGAUAGAAAGACUAGAGAAGUUUCCUAUUUUCUUGACAUGUUGAGGAGCGCUUCUGUUAGUGAACAUGAAACAUCAAAAACUGGUCAGACAUCACACAGUGAAUGGAAAUUAAAAGAUGAUAAUGAAGAGUACCGUGUCAUGUAUCGCCCAGGACCUCAUGGUACUCCCCUUCAUACAUUACUUGUUGAAGGCUAUGUAGAUGGGCCUCUUGAUAUUUGUUUAUGCAUCUCUUGGGAGUUGACCCUCUACAGAAAAUGGUGGCCGCAGAUUAGUUUUCCACCUUUUAAAAUUACCAGUUGCAAAUGUUUGCAAAAGGUCCAGGUCGGUGAACAUGUAUCUUUCCUGAGGGUGAAGGUAACAUGGCCGCUGUCAGCUAGGGAGGCUAUUGUACACUACUUUUUAUUUGAAUACCUCAAAGACGGUCUAGUUGUUGUUCUUGUAAACUCGAUCUCAGAUUCAGAGAGCAUUGACAAAAGCACCCAUGGAUUUACCAGGGAUGGGAUCCCUGAAGCAAAGGAUGUAGUAAGGAUUGAUUUAGUGGGAGGCUUUGCCAUACAGAAAGUAACCCCAGAAAGAAGUUACUUCCGCACUAUAGCAACUGUGGAUUUGAAGUUGGACUUUGUCCCUCCAACCCUUUUAAACUUCAUCUCAAGGCAGCUUAUUGGGAGUGGUUUCAGACUCUAUCAAAAGGCAGUGGCUUCUGUGUCCAACUAUGAUGAAGAUUACAGCAAGAUUUUGGAGGAUCCAAUGUAUGCUCGAAUACAUGAGGCUCUUGUUUCUGUCGUUGAGCCAAAUGAGACGAUGGAACGGCAAGAGCUCCAGAGUGAUUCUUGCCUCCAAGAGGAUUCUACUAGAGAUAUGCAAAACAGCUUGGCAGAUAUGGAACAGAACAUUUCCCGCAUUGAGGAUGCAAGUGAAUCUGUGGUGAGGAAUGAAGAAGUUACAGACAAGAAAACUUUUGCUGAGAUUGAGGAAGGUGAGACUCAUGAGAGUGAAGGGAGCAUACCAUUGAAAGAUGAAAUCAGGUGCACUAAACCGGAAGUUCAUAGCGAUAAUCAUGUUGCCGAAAUUUUACAAAAUACUAGGAAAGAAAUUAGUGAAAUUGAGGAAGAAGAAAGUGGAUUUAGUAUAGACUUGGAGGAUGAUGACAGAAGUAUAGAUGAACCUAUAACUGAUAAAGUUGCAAACCGAAGUCCUGUGAAUUGGAGAACAAACAUUAUGCUUAGUCCAGAGGUAGAACGAGCUUUAGAUACCUUAGAGACAGCCAUUUCUUUGGUCCGGGAGCGGGGAUCUAAUAGUCUAGCCAGGUUUUCCCCUGUCAUGGGUAGUGAAGGUUUCCCAAAUCUACAAAAGAGUGCAGAAAGGAACUCAACUUUUGUAGAAGAGGAUGUUGUAUCUUCAGAUACUGAGGUGUCUGUUGAAGCACCCAAGAAAGGAAGGACUGUGGAGAGGACUUCUCAUGACUCCAAGAAUAGCUCAGGCAAUCAUGAUGUCAGCUGGCGCACAGGAUCAAAUUCUUUCACAAGAGAAAUGAACCAUAACAAGAUAGCACCAGCGGCAUCACCAGAACAGUUUCUUUCACCUGCUAGUGAAAGUAACCAGGUGUUAGGUAGUUCCAGAGUUGGGAUAACAGACCGAUCUAUAAAGGACCCAACAUUAGGAGAUGAUAAGCAAAUGCGCGGCGGGGUAAAUGGCUUCCAUGAAAAUGGUAUGCAUGAAGAAAAUAAAUUGAGUAGGCAGAAAAACCAUAGGUUCUGUUGCUUUGGUCCAAGUCGGCAGUAAAAGCUGCAUUGGCAGGGAAGAAAUUGAGAUGAGCAAAGAAAUUGACAUUCACACUUAAAUGUCAAGCCUCAAUACAGAUGACUUUCAGAAGUGGAGUUCUACGAUAGCUUGCACAGAAAUAGCCUUUUUCAUUUGUAUUAAAUGUACCAUUACUAUAAUAUUUCUCUUGCUUUGCCAAAGAUCCUUCCAAUGCAUUUGUGUUCAGACCUUGUUAUCCAAUAAUAAUUUGUAUAGUAUAUAAUAGUAUAUAUAUAUAUGUAUAAUUAUACAUUGCCAUAUGAAAGCUAGAACAAAGGAUUGAAUAAUUUAUUUUACGAUGUUUCUGUUUUGA